GUUAGAAAAAAGAGCCUCGAACCUUCAGCGACAAAUUAGAUAUUUUAUUAUUAUUACUUACAGAGACAUGUAUCUAUAUUUAAAAAAAAUUUAACUACAAACAUAUAGUCCUACAUAUAUUUUGAGAGAUCCGUGUGAUUAUAACUGAUCAACACCCUUGUGGAGAUUGUGUGAUCUAGAUCGCGUUUGAGCAAUUUGAUUGAGUGGUCAGGUGGACAAGGGAUUUGGACCGCUUUUGAGGAGACUAAAGUUUUAUAAGCUUGAUGCUAGGUUUUUUUCCUUGGUACCUGUUGAAAAAUGUCAGGCAUAGAACGAGUAGAAGAUUAUGAUGAAUUACGAGAACGAAGAUCUGAUUUUGAAAAUUCUGAAGAUGAAAGGAGGCAAUCCAGGAUUGGACAUUUUAGAAAGAAAGCUUUGAACGCUUCAAACAAGUUUACACAUUCUCUAAAAAAGAAGGGGGUGAGGAAAGUUAAUUAUAGGGUUCCUUCAGUUUCCAUAGAGGAUAUACGUGAUGCAAAGGAAGAGUGUGCGGUUCAGGAAUUGCGCCAGAAACUCAUUGAGAUGGAUUUGAUGCCCGCCAGACAUGAUGACUACUAUACACUUCUAAGAUUCUUAAAAGCAAGGGAUUUUAGUGUUGAGAAAACUAUCCAGAUGUGGGUAGAAAUGCUCAAGUGGAGGAAGGAGUACGGAACUGACAGUAUACUAGAGGACUUUAAAUUUGAAGAAUUAGAAGAAGUCCUGCAGUACUAUCCUCAAGGAUACCAUGGGGUUGAUAGAGAAGGAAGACCUGUGUACAUAGAAAGGCUAGGGAGAGCACACCCAAGCAGGCUUAUGCGCAUCACCACACUAGAACGGUACUUGAAAUACCAUGUCCAAGAAUUUGAGAAAGCAAUUCAUGAAAAGUUCCCUGCAUGCUCCAUUGCAGCGAAGAGACAAAUAUGCUCAACAACUACAAUAUUGGAUGUGCAAGGCCUGGGUGUUAAGAAUCUAACACCAACAGCAGCGAGUCUUGUGGCAGCCAUGGCAAGAAUUGAUAAUAAUUACUACCCUGAGACUCUGCACCGGAUGUUUGUUGUCAACGCUGGUUCUGCCUUUAAGAAAGUGCUUUGGCCCGCUGCUAUGAAGUUUCUAGAUCCAAAAACCAUUGCAAAGAUUCAUGUUCUUGAACCCAAAUCUUUGGGCAAACUUCUUGAAUACAUUGACUCAAGUCAAUUGCCAGACUUCUUGGGUGGUUCGUGCACAUGCCCUGCUGAGGGAGGGUGCCUUAGAUCUAAUAGUGGUCCAUGGAACGACCCUCUUGUAAUGAAGCUAGUACGUAAUGCCGAGACUACAUCUGUGAGGCAAAUCACGAGAGUAUCAAGUGACCAGCAAAAAAUUGAAGUAAAGCAAUUAUCAAGUGAUGUGCAAAAAUUUGAAUCCUAUACUCAGUUACUUUCGAUAAAGAAUAAUAGUGACGGAUCAACAGUAGAAGCUAUAACAGUGAAUGAUGAUCCAUGCUGUAUCACUGCCCAAAAUAGUUGUAGAAUUGCAAGAUUGGAACCCAAUCUUGGAGAUGCAGGGGAAUCUGAUUCUACGAUCUACUACAAUUGUGAUGAUCACUUCAGUCAUGUUGAUUACGAUAAUGAGACUGACCAAGUGCUGGGAAAUUGUCAGGAGGUCUCUUCUAGUGAGGGAACACUAGAUAGAGAAGGUACUUUGAUUAUUCAGUGGUUGGUCACUAUUCAGGAGAAGGUGGUGAAAAGAAGUCUCUGGCGUGUGGCAAAAACAUUACUAAAUUUUGUUGUCAGACUUUUCGCAUUUUCCCGGAGUUUGCCCUUUGAAUCUAGAAGAAGGACCAAUGUACAUCCAUCUAAAGUUAUUGAAGAAAAGCCUGACGAGCAAUCACCUAUCAUCGGAGAAGCUGUCACUGGAGAAGAUUACAUCCAUCCCUGCGUGGAGCGUCUCCAGAAAGUAGAGCAGAUACUUGACAAACUGAAGAACAGACCUGCUGAAAUUCCAAGAGAGAAGGAUCAAAUGCUUCUGCAUUCAUUGGAGAGAAUCAAGUCUGUGGAGUUUGACCUUGAUAAAACCAAGAGAGUGUUACAUGCCACAGUGAUGAAGAACCUCGAAAUUGCUAAGCUGAUGGAGAAUCUGCAGGACUCCAAAUUUCAGAAGCGACGAUUCUGGUGUCGAUUUUAGACAGCUGUAUAGGAACAAGGUGUCGGGUGCAUAGUCAUAUACCCAUAAGGACGAUUUUAACAAAAAGAAACAGUAGCUUCUUAGGCUCGAGGCUGAUACUACAAAGGGAAUGAGCAACGUUAGCAGAUGAGUUGGUGUUUAUGCUGUAAAUUGAAAACAUAUUAAACCUACAUACAUCUUUGCAGCUUUCCAAGUUGUUCCCGCUCAAAUAUGAAUCUGUAGAGAAAGAAAAUGUUAAUGCAGACUGCAGAGUUAUACAUUGCUGCAAUGCUGCUGCCGAUCAUAUUAACUUUGAUCCAAUUCGCUAUCUUACUAA